GACAGGCGGGACAAAGCACUUGUUCAGAGGCUGCUGUCCGAGAAGGAACCGUUGUCUGUCUCUGCCUGGGACAGCACUUAAAAGCGGAGCCACGACUUUUAAAGUUAUCCUCAAACAAAGAGGUUUAAUCUGAACUCAGAAACAGGUUCAAUCUAAAUCUAACGGACACGUUUAUUUUUUUUCCCCAAACUUUGAGAAGAAAAGGGAGUUUUGACAGGAAACAGACGGACGCUGCUUUAAGUUUGAACGAUACUCAGUUUUGAGCGAUGUUCGACAAGCAGCGCUACGACAGUCCACCUGUCUACAGUCCUCCUUUCACCUCGCCAUCCAACAACGGCUUUGGUCCUCCAGGCAGCUUCCAUGCCCCCCAGAGCGAUUACAACGCGUACCCACCUCCGCCGGGAUCUUACUACAUUGAGGACAAACCACAGCAUUUCUACAAAUGGCUGUCACCCCCGGGGAUCAUCAAGGCCAUGAUGGCUACGGUGAUCGUGUUAUGUGUGGCGAUAUUCGCCUGCGUGGCCUCCACUCUCAUGUGGGACAUGCAGUACGGGAUGGGGAUGGGAAUGGGAAUGGGCUACGGCAGCGGAUACAGCGGCAGCUACGGUUCAGGAUACGGUAGUUAUGGUGGUUAUGGUGGUUACGGAGGUUACGGAGGCUACGGCAACAGUUAUGGCUCCUACAUCUCCCCUUACUCAGCCAAAACUGCCAUGAUUGCCAUGGCAGCCAUUAACUUCAUCGGGGCACUGUCCUUCUUCAUCAGCAGCUUCUCUAAAUCCAACAUGGUUCACAGCAGGAAGUUCUUUCUAGCCCUCCUAGUAGGCUGCAUCAUCAUGUCUGUUCUGCAGGGCAUCAUAACCAUUGUCUACAUUGUCGGGGUGAACCCAAUGGCUCAGGGCUCCUCCAGUAUGAUGUACAAUCCGAUGCUUAUGAUGUGCCAGAACCUCUACCAGACCAGCUACUCACAGAUGGGAGGAGUGGGAGGCUUCCCCAUGUACAACCAGUACCUCUACCAUUACUGCUUUGUGGACCCACAGGAGGGAGUUGCCAUGGUGUGUGGAUUCCUGGUUGUCAUCGCCUUCGGUGUUGCAGCUUUCUUUGCACACAAAACACGAGGGAAGAUCUGGCGCUACGGCAAACCAAACAUCUACUGGGAAGAGCCUCUCGUUGGUGGGAAGGCCUCAGAGGGCAGGGAUGUAGAGGAAUGGGUGAACAAUGUGGAGGAAAGCCGCAGCGUUCAGGACGCCCCUACCCUGCUGGUGUCAGAGAAGGGAGCCGGCCUGCUCAACGCCUCAGCAAACAGUGUCAUCUCCUACCCCCCACCCAAGGUGGACAGCAGCUCCUAUAACGAAGAUCUAUACGACAACAACGAGUACUCAGAGAGGACCACCAGCAGACCAUCAGAAGUCUUCUCCCACGGUGGAGGAACCAGCUCCAGCCCAUCAGAGGGGACCGGCGGGGGUCGUAAACCCUCUGCCAACAGGGGCAAGAGACGCAGGCGCAACCCCGAGCUGGAUGAGUCUCAAUACGAGACAGAGUACACCACGGGAGGAGAAACAGGGAAUGAACUCGACGGAGAGGAGUGGGAGAGUGCGUACCCAGCGAUAAGAUCUGAUGCUGAGCGUCACGACUAUAAGAGAGAGUUUGAUGCCGACCUGAAGGAAUAUAAGCGCCUGUGUGCUGAGAUGGACGACAUUAAUGAUCAUUUGAACAAACUCAGCCGGCAGCUGGACACACUGGAUGACACCUCUGCCAAAUACCAGGCUGUAGCAGAAGAAUAUAACCAAUUGAAGGAUCUGAAGCAGACAUCAGACUACCAGUCUAAGAAGAAACAGUGUCGCAGGCUGAGACACAAACUGUUCCACAUCAAACGCAUGGUGAAGGACUACGACAGGAACCACCCAUGAAUCCACUGAGUCCUGACACUCAGCUCUGUGUCCACACAGCAAACACUCAGACGAAGGCCACGAUACACUCCAAAACACUGCAAAGACUCUGUGACAUCCUGAGACCAAAGUUACUUGUACAGAACCAACACACACCGGAUACACACUCACAUACAUACAUACAUACAUACAUACAUACAUACAUACAUAGGGAACAUACAGUGUGUUAAUAAUAAUGAUCUUGUGUUUUCCCUCAUUCAGUCUGAUCAGUUACAUAUAAAUAAUCUUUUUUGUGGAAGAAAACGGAAGCAGAACCCUCGGCUGAAUCUACUUCCACAGCAAACACUGCCGUUUUUUCUGAAUGACCCAUCUCAUUGUUUGCAGUGUCCGGGCCACUUUUGAGAACCAGAGGGCGUGUUUGGAGAGAGAGGUUGUUUGAAAGUCACCUGACCCUCAGUCACCUGUGAUAACACCGUGCUCAGUUUCUGUGGCUCUGUUUGCUCUCCAGAUUGGCAACUUUUCUUUGUUUUAUCUCCACAGAUAAGAGGUGGAACAGUAUUGUAGAGAACGUAGUAAUGGGUGAGACAGGUCGCUCGGGUUUGUUUGCGAGCAGAUAUGCAGUUUCUUUUAAGCCUUGGCACAGCGUUAUCUUUGUGACAAAUGGACUUGUGCUUUUCUCAUCUUCUGCAUCAGUGUUUGUGACUAACUUAAACGUCAGUGAGGUUAACUGUACUCUGUCGGGACCAUGUGUAUUUUCCCAGCGUACUGGUGUUUUGUCUAAGCUGAUUAUCAUAGAUGCAGUGAGACCAAAAAGGGGACCAACUGACCAAUGACGGAUGUGCAGCAUUGUCGUAUUGUAUAUACUUUUAAUGAAUCCUGCACCAAGAACAAAAUUACAUUAUCUGUCUGUUAGAUUCUGCAGAUAUCUUAGCAUUUGUGAUGAUCUGUUAUUUGUACAUACUAAAGACACAUAGUGGCUUGUUUUGUUAAUCAGUGGUCGUUCAAAAUGUGCUUAUGCUAUGCAAAUAAGCAAAAAACUUCCUAUUUUUGUAUUUCUAUCAUGCACGCUCCUCAACAAACUGUUUUCUGUCACUAUACAUAAGCUACACUCAUCUUUUCAUUUGAUUCUUUACCAAUGAAAACGAUUUCUGCUGAUUCCACGUGUUUGCAUUAAUCUGCUUAAUGUGCAAGUGUUACGAUCUAGUGUACGUCAUAAAAUUGUUAAAACACACGUUUAAUUUGUCAUGCAUUUGUAUUUUUAUGAAGAACAUUGUUGUCAUUUUACAAACCAUUUGCGAGCCAUUUAUUUUUGUAUGAAUUUAUUUUCUCUGAUGCUAUAAGACCAUUUUUGUAACUGUAUACAUGUCUAAAAAGUAUUGAAUUCAGUAAGUAAUA